UCGUGGUAUGUGUUGAAAAGUGUUCAAGGUAACAACAAGUUUUUGUGAUUUAUUUAAAUGUUUGUUGUUUCCAUGAUACAUUAAUAUUAAGCUCCUUUAAGCGGGGGUGUUCCAGGAUUAAAAAUGGCUCACCUCAAUUUUGUUAUUCCAUCAAAUAAACAAGAAUUACUAAAUGAAACAGAUGAUUAUUAUGUUAGAGAUAUAUUGGGACCAAAGGAUAUUGCACUGAAACUUAAAAAUACCAGAUCACAACUAAGAGAAGAAGGAUCUGAAUUUAUUUUUGACUGCUUUGAUGUAUACUAUUCUGUUUUACAUCAUGGAGAUACAAUUCCAACUGAUGUCAUAUUUAGAUCCUAUGAGGACUUGCAUAGAGCUACAUGUGAGCUUAAUAAAGCUAUAGGAUUUUUAAUGGAAGACAAAGAGGGUUUAUCAGAUGAGAUGAAAAUAAAAUUUCAAAACAUUCUUAAGAUGACCAUCUAUAUUUAUACUCAAAUAAUUUUACUGAUUGAACAAAAAAAUGAAGCAAAAAAUCAAGGUUUAAACUUGAAGGGGCGUAAGAAAAGUAACAAGGAAAAUGAGGGCUUCAGUUUAGACAAAAAGGCCAUUAUGUUAGUUUUAAACAAUAUCAUGCAAAGAGACAUAUUCUUAUUCUGGGAUCCACCAGUUGUUGAUUCAAAUUUAGUGACCAUAGUCUCAGAAGUGUGCUACAUAUUUCUACAAAAUCCCACAAUUAAAAUUGAAAAGGACUUAAAAAUGGAGAUAUUUAAUCUGCUUGGCACUCUUAUAAAAGAAUACUCUCAUGGCACAUCUUUUGUGAUCAGAAUAGUGCAACUAAUCAAAAUAUAUGAACACCUAGUGCACUCUUUACCUGAAGGUGUACAAUGUUUGAUUACAAAUUACAAUUGCAAAGGUCUAAUCCAUGAUCUGGUGGUGGAAAUCACUGAGUGGCAGACAGAAGAGACAUACCAAGACUCACAGGGUGCAAGAAACUGUGCCCAAAUUUUAUCUGCCACAGCUGUUUUAUUGCCUGAACUAAUGAUCCCUGAACUAAUGUACUUGAACAAGUAUUUAGCCCAUGAUUCUGCUACUUUAAGGAAUUCAGUUUUAAAUGUUUUAACUGAAGUGGUAUUAAAUGUGUUAACAAAACAUGACCUAACAGAUGAAGAAAGAGAGUCUAGAGAUGAGAUUUUGGUGAUUUUAAUGGACCAUGUGCAUGAUGUGUCUGCCCAAGUUAGAUCUAAAGUUAUACAAAACUUUGCAAGGCUACAAAGGGAAAAUGCCAUCCCUUUAAAGAGCCAGCAUGAAAUUUUACAGCUAGUUAUAGAAAGGUUACAUGACAAAGGAGCACUUGUCAGAAAGUCUGCCAUUGGUUGUGUUACAAUAUUCUUGUCACAUAAUUGUUUCAGUUCUAAUUUGUCACUAAAGAUGAUGCGUGCUGAGUUACAAAACCACAAUGAAGCCCUGGCCAAAAUUAAAGAGCAAUUUGAGGGCAUAAAACAGGCAACACAAGAGAAAAUCGAAAAUGAAUGGAAUCAAAAAAAGGCCGCCCUUACGCAGGCAAUUCAGGAGAUGCUGGAUGAAGAAGAGUUGGAAAUGGAUCAUGAUGGAGACAAUCAAUUACCAAAAGAACAGUUUGCUGAUAUGAUCCGACUUUAUAUAAAAGAGGGUAAAUUCAAAGAUGCAGUGUUGAUGUGCAAGGCUGCUGGAAAGGAGAACGUGGACUGGCAGGAAUUGCAAAAGACCAAUGAGGCGGACCAGGUGUCAAUGUACAUGACCGUCCUCGCAUCAAUAUACCUGAACCCGACCAAACUGAUGGAGGAAUUAAGAGAAAAUAUCGUAAAUAAAGGCCUGAAAAUCACCGAGGAGGACCUAAAGAACAUGGAAUCCUUGGAGGCCAGCGUCACCUACCUGGAAGACUCUGUUAAGUUUCUCGAACUCAUCGACAAUUCGCUGGAUACGAUGGUCGAACUGCUCGAGACCACCGCCAUCGGUGACAUGCAGGAGGCCGUAGAGUUUUUCAUCACAGCUUACCAGUUUAACAUAGAUAACUCGAACAAGGGCGUCUUGGCCAUGCUGAAGAUCAUGCAGAGAAAUGAGCAGGAUCGCAAGGAAGUUAUCAUUGACGCCUUCAAGACCAUUUACCUCAAAACAGACUCGAAAAACGUGACGGAGCAUGCCAAUACAAUUGUGAACAGAUUGAUAGAACUUGUAAAAUCUGUCCCCAUCAGCAAUUUGGACGAUUUGGAGUUGAUUGUAGCAGAGUGGACUUCCAAAGGUGUUCUCGACAACCUGAUCAUCGACAUGCUGUGGCAGUACUUCACCAAAAAGGCCUCAGUGACGGACGAGGAUUCGAGGGCGGCCGUCGAGCUGCUGCGGAUGGCUUCGCUGGGCCGCAAGACUAUCAUCACUCGAAACAUCAAACUGGUGGCUACCAUCGCUUUCAAAGAGCGUGGCGAGAACAACAUGUUGUUCUUCGGUAGUUGCUGCGACUUGCUGGCGGUCGCCGGCAAAGAGAAGCUGGACAUGCAGAGCAAAAAUCCGCCGUUUAAAAUCAAGGCGAACGACGAGAUCUUUACCGAAAUGGUGGAGAUACUGGUGAAGAAGUUCUUUGAGCCUGUGGGGUACUAUUACAAAGCGUUGUCCGGAGCCAUCGAUUUUAUUUAUCGAUUAUCUUCGAAGCCCGAACUUACUUGUGAGACCAUCUUGAAUCGUGUUUUGGGUAGAUUAAUUGAUGACAUGAAGAAUGCUCAAUCAGAAGAAGUGGACACCUUUCUGAUUAUCAGACUUUGUCAGCUGCUGGGGCUAGUGGCGAUUAGGCAGCUUGAUUUCCUGGAUGACACAGUGUACAAGGAGUUAAAACGACGUAAUAACAUCAGGGAGGAGAGGAAGGAAAAUAAAAGGAGCGAGAAUCAGAACAAAAAGAAAGGCAAAAAGAAGAAUAAAGACAAAUUGUCCGCCACAGCUAACGAAAGCACGAUUGCAAGCUUGAAUGAAAGUGUUAUGGAAGGUGCUCAAGCUGAAGAUAUGGAUGCUGAGUUUAUUUUGAACGUCCUAGAAAACGAUACGGUCUGUGGAUCUGGCGGACUUGGAAAAUUAGCUGGGGUUAUCAAGGGUAUUUGUCAAAGGCCAGACAUCUACGAUUGCGUCGUGGUACAAGGAGCUGCGGUUAUUGCUUUAAUUAGGUAUAUGCUGGUAUCCAGCAGGUUCUGUGAAGAAAACAUUCAGCUUCUCUUUACCAUAUUUGAGAAAACUGUCCAUCCAGAGGUCAAGUGUUCAAUUCUGGUUCACCUUUCUGAUUUAUUAACAAGGUUCCCGAAUAUAGUGGAACCAUGGACGCCAAGAAUAUGUCAAAGACUGAAAGACCCAUUGGACUGCAUAAGGAAAGCUACAUUCUUCACUUUGUCGAAUUUAAUUCUACGUGAUAUGAUCCGUGCCCACAGCCAUAUAUCGGAAAUGGUCACAUGCCUGAAUGAUGAAGAUCCAGAACUGAGUGGAAUGUGCAAGACAUUCUUUAUAAAUCUGUCACAUAAAGAGAACAAUCUGUACAACGUUCUACCUGACAUCUUUUCACACCUUAUAGAAUCUGACACUGUAACAGAUGCGCAGAUGAAACAAACCAUGAAGUUCCUCUUUGAACUAAUGGACAAAACUAAACACAUGGAGAAUCUAGUGGACAGAUUCUGUACUAAGUUCAGAUUAUCAGAAGACCUGCGACAUCACCAAAACAUCGCUUAUUGCCUCACAUUGAUUCAUUACAACGAAAAAGCCUUAAAGAAGUUGCAAGAAAACUUCCCUACCUACAAACACUUGGUGCACGACACCGAAAUUUACUCGUGCUUCAAAAAUAUUAUCCAGGCAUGUAAUAAGAUCCAAGUAGGAAAGACUGACUUGAAGCCAUUGUGUACAGAGUUAGAACAAUCUAUAAAUUCGGUGUUUGAAUUGGAUGAAGACGGAACGAAGAAACCAAACCCGGUAGAAAAAUCUACCAAGAAGCCCAAAGCCAAGAAGGCUGCACCAAAGAAAAAAGGAAGAAAAGCAGCUCGAAGAUACAGUGACGAAUCCGAUUCUGAUUAGUACAAAUAUACUUAUUUUAUUUAGUUUUUAGGAGUUAGUUUUAAUAAAAUUACUUUUAUAAACGUCAAUAAAAAAAUUAUAUAUUUUCAA